UCAAUAACGGAGUAGCAGCUCAUUGGCAGUCAACCAUGCUCAUGCUCAUGCUCAUGCUCAUGCUCAAUGUCAUGCCAGUGGUACCUGAAUUGGGGACAAUCCAAAACUUCCUGCAGCAGCAGAUUAAGCUGGACCUGUCGUCGGUACGUAACCUGCAGGUGAACGUGUCGAGGAACCAGGUCAUCAUCGAGACAACAACGCCGGAUCAAGCAUUUGCUAUCGCCAGGGACCACAAUUCCAAGCACUUCAUCGUGCAUGCGAAGAAGCGGUUACUGAUUCCCAUCUACGUGGAGGAUGGCGCCAUCGAGGUCAAAGUCCACGAUCUGCCACCUCGAAUGCCAAAUAACAUCAUCGAAGAACACCUUAAGCAAUACGGGGAAAUAACUUCAAUCCACAACGAGGUAUGGCACGACUUCUUCCCCGGUAUCCCAAACGGGGUUAGAGUCGCGCGAAUGAAAAUUAAACAGCCGAUACCCUCAUUCGUCCAGAUUGAGGGUAUGUCGGCGUACAUUGUUCAUAAAGACCAAAUAAAAACGUGUCGCUAUUGUUCGCAAAAAAUACACGCGGGACAAAAAUGCAACGUUACUAAACACAACAACAACACCAUAUCAGACGAAGAAGAUGAAGAUAACACCGUGAAGACAUCAGAGCCCGCAAAACUGCAGUUUACCAACGACAUCAUUCCCGAUCUUUCUUUUUUGGAGAGAAUUGAAAACACAGCCACACGACACAUCAGCAUCGACAACCUGACCAACGAUCAAGAAAAUCUACUUCAAAUGACAAAAAAAUCAAGCACUGUCCAGCAUUCUGCAGGAAAGUUUCAGGAAACGAAAAAAAAGAUUCGAAGAUUAAACCUGGCCCAAAAAUGUGUAAACAAGAAGCCAAAUAAAUAUUUUUAAGGAAAAAAACCCAACAAAUGGCCACAAAAUCGUCAAUUUGUGCAUUAACAUACUGUUGGACCCCUAGAAACAACCCUGGACAUCCACGACCGGAAACCGGUUGUCAUAAUCCGCGGUUCUUUUUGUGUUCUUCGACUAGAUUCUUCUCUUUCUUCUUCAUAGAAAGUCAGGACUCCGCAGACUGGGACUGCGACCGUUGGCGAUGUCUUCUUGGUUUUGGUGACCAACAGAUGGCCAUAUCGAGCGUCGACAGCCACCUGUUUCAAGGGAGACCGCUAUGUUACUGUUCAAAAUUGUUAAUUCAAGAGUACUUAACUUUGUGCGGUGGUGGGGGGCAGUUCUGGCCCGUCCGAUCACAAACGCGCCACCCCUGGUGCUUUUCUGCUGUGACCACGAUUGCCGUUAGUGUUGGUAAGAGCGAACCGUUCGCUCACUGACUGGAUGCCGCCCGACAUGCGUUGGCGCGGCUCGAUGUUGGGUACGCCGUCGCCCAGCUCGCUUCGUUGGCGCGGCCUCUUCUGGUUUCCAAUACGACUACUUGGUGGGGGUUCGUGAAUUCCAAUUUGCGUUCGACGGAUGUUCUGAUGCUAAAGAACGAGGCCGGUAACCUUGUCCGGGUGGACAGAGGCUCAUCAGAACAUCUCCACAUGACCGUGAUGGUUGUUGCUCCAGUUGAGCAACCGCUAAGCAGUUUCUCCUGUAAACGCCCAGGAAAAAACCGUCCUGCAACAAUGCAGGAAUGGCAGGAUUUCCAUCGGCUGGUGGACCAAACAGGAUUUACACAGAUGUGGACCAAACAGGAUUUACACAGAUGUGGACCAAACGGAAAUUUCGUCGAACAGUGGGUCAAACGGGAUUCCACCGGAUGGUGGACCAAAACAGACAGGACAUUCCACUGAACGAGGAACCAAAACGACAGCAUUACCACCUCGAAGGUGAUCCAAACGGAAUUUUGUCCAUGGUGGACAAGUCUACUGGAUCACGAAUCCAUCUCCUUCCCCGGAGGAGAUUCUAAACAGGAAGCUUACGACAGGUACAAGGAGGCCGACGUCGUCUGUCAGCCGUACGGGAGGCCCACUGGCCUGCGGCGUACUCGAUGUUGGUUGUGUCCGAUGCUCAACACCGAACCAAAUCUCUGAUGACGCUCGCUGCGCCCAAUAACCAGAGACGCAUCGAGCUCUAUAGGCUCAAUAAAAACUCUUUACCUGCUCUGUAUGGUAGAACAGAGCUAAGCCAUAGACUAAUUAAAGACUAAACACUCCGAACAAUUUUUUUCAAAAAGUAUGACUCAUAAGCUGUGAACCGCGAGUACCACGUUGAACCACACAUCGGUUCGCCCCUCGUAUGACAGAACGACCUGGCAGCGCUGGUUUUUUCGAUUUCGUUUUGUGCUGAUUUACGCGCGCAUCUUGUUUGUUUUUGUUUUGCUUAGCGAUCAAGGCAGGCUGCAAAUAAGUCAAUCAGCUGUGCAGGGAUUUUUGUUUGGCGCAACGAGCGAAAUUGACUGGUGUUUGGUUUUUAAGAUGAUUGCUGUUUGUCAUCAUUCCUCGUAAGCGAAAUCUGUUCAAUAUGAACACCUCGAUCGUCCGCGACCUUGCCGCCGGAUGAUUUGAUCAUCUCGAAUCUAGACAACUCGAUGGUAACGAUUGCCUGCGACACUCUACCAAAGGCCGGAUUUUUGGAACCGAAGUGCGCGUUUGGCAUUUCCAUGCUGUACAUUGUCCGUCCCAACACGUUCAUCGGUGAGGAUGUCGACUUCGGCGGGUCAACAUUUCCGGUCAACAUUCCGGUCAUCGGAGGCCACUCCGGCCAGACCAUUAUCCCAGUGAGCUUCCCCAGGACAAGAUUGCCACCCUGGCGGUACGCAUUCAGGAGGUCUUCAAGACCAAGACCGGUGCCGGUGCGGACACUCUCACGACGGCCUACGCUGAAGCCCGUUUUGCCCUUGCUAUGGCCCAUGCCAUGAACGGCAAAAAGAACGUGAUUGAGUGCGCGUUUGUCCGCUCGUCACUUACUUCUCCACGCUGCUGCUGCUGGGCAAGAACGUUCUCGAGAAGAACCUUGGUCUGCCCAAGGUGAACGCCUACGGACAGGAGCUGCUGAAGAAGGACAUAUCGGAGCUGAAGAAAAACAUCCGGAAGG